AUGGCAAUAGAGAUGACGGAGGGUGCUACUAAGAGCAAGAACGCCAACGCCAAUGGCGUUAAUGAGAAUGGCAAGAAGAUAAUCCGAAUUCAGGUUUCGAAAGCCAAGAAACCUUUCUUCUUCUACCUCAAUCUCGCCAAGAAGUACAUAAAGCAGGACAAUGACGUCGAGCUCUGUGCACUGGGAACGGCUAUUCCAACUGUUGUGAUCAUCUCCGAGAUUUUGAAAAGCAACGGGUGGGCAAUUGAGAAAAAUAUCAUGACAUCCACUGUUGGUUCCAAGGAAGACAAAGAAGCUUGGGAUUUUGCUGGGAAAGGCUGCAGAUAUGGAACAAAGCACAGUUGA